UCUCAAAUCAAAUCUUUGCAAUUCCUUCUAACCCAUAGACCUUCAGGAACGUCUUUAGAGAAUCAUUACCAUUCUCUCUUCUUCCAGAAGAAAUCAGAGUGCUUAGAAUGUCAAAGGAAAGCUGGAAAUUGCAGUUGUGGAUGGAGGUAGCUCCGGCUCCUAUUAUUAACCCUCGAAAACCUUCAAAUUCUCCGGCCUUGGAGACCAUCGCCGAAGAUAUUGCUGAAGAAGGAUCCAAUGUUUGGCCAAAAAGGGAAAAAAAGAAAGGAGCAUCUGAUGAGAAUUCAGAAUUCUAGGAAUCUUAUCCUGAUUGUAAGAAAGUACAAGUAUACCGUAUUGUUUUAGGACUUGUGAAUAAAUCUAAAGUGUGGUA